ACGUCAUUGAGGAAAUACUCACCGUGAGCGCUUCGCUGUCUCAAGACUGAGGUUUCUUUUCGCCGAGCAGACUGUCAGGAGAUGAUUGACUGUCUGCUGUGGAUGUUGUCAGGGUUCCUCCUCUCCUCUGUGUAUCGUUAUGUUAUCGUCUGAAUUUCUGUCCUGAGUAAAUGGAUAGGUAAACCUAAAAAUUAAGAAUGGAUCCGCACAUUGAUCAUGAGCAAAGAGAUAACAUCACUCCAGCUGAAUCAACAGAUCCUCCCCCGAGGAUGACUAGACAGCAGAUUCUCACUUUGAUAUCAAUGGCAUCUGUCAACUUCAGUUCAAUGAUCUGCUACUCAAUCUUAGGCCCAUUUUUCCCUAAUGAGGCAUUGAAGAAAGGAGCCAGUCAAACUGUCAUUGGUCUCAUAUUUGGCUGCUACGCUGUUUGCAAUUUGAUUGGUUCAUUGAUACUGGGAAGAUAUAUUGUCCAAAUUGGUGCAAAGUUCAUGCUUGUUGCAGGGCUUUUUGUGUCAUCAGGCUGCACCAUUCUGUUUGGAUUACUCGAUCGGGUUCCAGCAGGACCCACUUUCAUUACUCUGUGCUUUAUCGUGAGGUCCAUCGACGCUGUGGGCUUUGCUGCUGCGAUGACCUCCUCUUUUGCCAUGACAGCAAAAAUAUUCCCAAACAAUGUGGCAACUGUUUUGGGUAGUUUGGAGAUUUUUACAGGACUUGGUCUUAUAAUGGGGCCACCGGUCGGAGGGUGGUUCUACCAAUCAUUUGGAUAUGAAGUCCCUUUUAUGCUUCUUGGAUGUUUCCUAUUGAUUAUGGUUCCUUUCAACAUUUAUGUCUUACCAACCAUUGAUGCAGAUCCCUCGAAGGAUUCAUUCUUUCGACUUCUCACCCAAGUAAAAAUAGUUCUGAUCUGCUUUGUGAUAUUCACUCUUAGUGCAGGUCUGGGCUUCUUGGAUGCUACGUUGUCCCUAUUUGCUAUUGAGAGGUUUAGUCUCUCAUUUGGCUACGUGGGACUCAUCAUGCUUGGUUUGUCGUUACCAUACUGUCUGGCAUCACCGGUGAUGGGGUAUUUUACUGAUAAAUAUCUUGCCACCAGGAGUUGGUUCAUGGUGACAGGAGGUGUCGCCACAGCAAUUGGCUUCUGUCUGCUUGGUCCCGCCCCUUUCCUUCACAUCCCGAGUCAGCUGUGGUUGCUGAUCCUCAUGCUUGGUGUAAUUGGGUUUUCUCUGGGCAUGACUGCAAUCCCCACGUUCCCUGAGAUCAUCACAUGUGCAUAUGAACAAGGAUUUGAAGAGGGACUAAGCACUCUCGGAAUGGUGUCUGGGCUGUUUGGGGCAGUUUGGUCCAUGGGGAUGUUUUAUGGCCCAAUAGUGGGUGGCCUUAUCACACAACAUCUAAGCUUUGAAUGGGCAGCUGCAGUUCAAGGAGGCUUAACGUUUUUGGCUGCCUUUGUCCUCGCUUUGUUUUAUCUCUGUCGACGGCCACAACAAAAAAGCGUUCAAGAAGAUAGUCGACAAACAGAUGAAAGCACUCCUCUCCUGAAUGAAUGAAGCCCUAAGCAACAUGUGGAAGGACGCCAUACCGAACAAAAUGUGAUCUUAAUGUUUCAGCUACUUGUGGGCAUCAGCCUCCAAGUUACACAAAUUGGUUAUUUUUAUUAUUAUUAAUUUUAUUAAUUGUUUAAUGCUUUUAAAUUAUACAUUUUAGGUGUUGCAGGGAAACAUGUUUUUGCUUAUUUUCAUGUAAUAGUAUUGUUUUUAAGAAAUGUUAAAAAAAAAAGUUUGUAGUGGGUACUGCCUAACAGCCUAAAAACAAACCAAUGCAACUGUAUGACUUUAAGUUGCACUUUGGAUGAAUGUAACAUGAAUGAAUGUAGUCAACCAUUGGAAAUCACAGAACAUUCAAAGUCCAGAUCACAAACUCAAUGUGCCUUUUGUUCUGAAGCUCUGCUAUAUUAAUGAUCUUAAUUUUCUACAUCACAUGACUUGGAUUUCAUGUUGAAGUGGCACAAGUCAAGAACUGUAUACUACUACUGAUACAUUAUACUGGUCAUAGUGAACCUCUCAUAAUAUACAAUAAAAUGUAACCGGGAGCAUCAUGUCACAUUUCACUGCAUUAAGUGAUAUUGUAUGUUGUGCCUUAUUUUCUGACCGAACAAUUUUAAGAUUUUGCACUGAUUUGAAUAAAAACAGUAAAUAUGUAAAUGAAAAA